AGCGGACAGCCCCGGCGGCGGGGCGGGGGGAGUUAUAUUACCGGGUCCUUCCUCGCUCACCCUGGUUCCUCUCGGAGCGGAGACGGCAAAUGGCGGACUUCGAUACCUACGACGAUCGGGCCUACAGCAGCUUCGGCGGCGGCAGAGGGUCCCGCGGCAGUGCUGGUGGCCAUGGUUCCCGAAGCCAGAAGGAGCUGCCCACAGAGCCCCCCUACACAGCCUAUGUAGGAAAUCUACCUUUUAACACAGUCCAGGGCGACAUCGACGCUAUCUUUAAGGAUCUCAGCAUAAGGAGUGUACGGCUAGUCAGAGACAAAGACACAGACAAAUUUAAAGGAUUCUGCUACGUAGAAUUUGAUGAGGUGGAUUCCCUUAAGGAAGCUUUGACAUAUGAUGGUGCACUGUUGGGUGAUCGGUCACUGCGUGUGGAUAUCGCAGAAGGCAGAAAACAAGAUAAAGGUGGCUUUGGAUUCAGGAAAGGUGGACCAGACGACAGAGGAAUGGGUGGCUCUCGAGAAUCUAGAGGUGGAUGGGAUUCCCGGGAUGACUUCAAUUCCGGCUUCAGGGAUGACUUCUUGGGAGGCAGGGGAGGGAGUCGCCCGGGUGACCGGCGAGCAGGCCCUCCAAUGGGGAGUCGGUUUAGAGACGGCCCGCCCCUUCGCGGAUCCAACAUGGAUUUCAGAGAACCGACAGAAGAGGAAAGAGCACAGAGACCACGACUCCAGCUGAAACCUCGGACAGUUGCAACGCCCCUCAAUCAAGUAGCCAAUCCCAACUCUGCGAUCUUCGGGGGAGCCCGACCCAGAGAGGAAGUCGUCCACAAAGAGCAAGAAUGAGCUGGCGGCGGGAGGGCGCGGGGUGGGGGGUAGGAGGAGCCCGCAGCCCGGUUAGCCCCGGGCCAGGCCGGCGUCCUGCAGUUACCAUUCCCGCACCUGACCUGUGUCCUCCUUUCUCACAACGGAAACACAGAGCUUGUGAGUGCAUGUCAGCUGUUAACAAGUGGUUUUUAGUACAUUCUUGGCUUCGCUGUAUCUAUCUGUAGUGCCUGUUUUGUGCUUUUUUUUUUUUUUUCCUACUGCCCUUUCCCCGUUUUUCCUUCUGUCCUUUUUCCUUACUGCUCCUUAUUUUCCACACAGCACAUGGAUUCUCUGGAGGAACCAAGGCACUCAGCACAUGGGCAGUUCUUUGGGUGGAGGUGCUGCUUCAUUUUUCUCGUUUGCUUUCUCUGUUACUUUAGACCCACUGCCCAGGCGCCAGUCAUUUCCUUUGAUUUUCCUCAGUGCUUCUCUUCGGAUCUGCAUGUUGAGUUCUGUAUUGCUGUGGCUUCCAAGAAAAAACCAGAGACGAAGUCACUGACAAAUUAAAUAGCAGCUUGUUUUUAUUCAGCUGUGAUUACAGAAUUUGAGGCACUUUGUUGUCAAAACAACGAUAAAAUAUCUAUUGAUACCUUGCAAAUUCUGUCAUCUACCCAUUUAUAGGUAAUCCUGUCUCCAUUACCUCCUCCCCAAAUGGAUUAUUUGAGCAGCAUAGGCUCACCCUGCAAACAGAAAACCUAAAAGAAGAGUCUGGGGAAAUGUUGGCGGGGAGCUCACAUAGAAGAGAAAUCAAAUGCACUGAUGUGUUGACGUUUUUUAUUAGAACUCUUUUGAGACCAUGUCCAGACUAGUUAACUCCUUUCACCAGGUGUGUCACAGGGCUCUUCGAUCUGGCUUAGAUGCAGCAGGUAGCCGUCUCCUUUCGUUUCCGCUGGGAAAGCGUGCUUUGCAGGAUUGAGCGGUGCUGGUGGAGUUGUGCGGGGCUCCCAUGAAAGCACUGACCCUGCUUUUUGCAAGCCCCUGUUGUCUGUGUAUUUUGCAUCUCCCCCUUGUGUCUGUCUCUUCCCCAGUGCAAGUGACAGUGAGGCACUGUGCUUCCUACCGUCCCUUAUGUGUAUAGUGAAAAUGGGCCUAGAAUCUGGCACUUUAUUUCACUUGAUGUAUUUAAAAUUUUACUAUGCAGAGCUAUCAGGAACCUUUAAAAUAGUUUGUAGGUGGCUCUGGAUGAUGAUAUUUGCUGCUGUGUCUUUGGGGCAAGGCUUAUUGUUCCCAGGUACAGAGUUUAGCCCUUACCUGGGGAUAAGGGACCGGGCAGUCAAUUUUGAGUUUGAACCACCUACAUGUGAACAAAUUAAAAAUUUAUUUUAACACCCAAGUCCCAGCCUGUCUGUGGGGAACAGUUCAGGGCCCACUUGCAGCUGGCCAAGCUGGAGAGGCUGGCUGGGGCCGAGAGGCCUCUCCAGGGGCCGAGGGCCGAGGGCCGAGCGGCUGCUGCUUGUGCAGCGCUGGGUGUGUAGAAAGCUAACUGCUAACCUGUCGUCCUUGCCCUCUCACUGUCUUUUUAUCACAAGGGCUCAGCAAUUCACAGAACUCGCACUCCUUUCUUUCCCUCCACCUGUCUUUUCUGCUUCUGAGAUAAGAACCAUUUGUGUAACACCAAUACUUAAUUUAAGAAAGACAUGCAUUAUGUGGUUGUAAUCAAACCUGAUGCUUUCAGAUGACCGACUUACAUCUUCAAUGUGGAAAAGAUUUAAGAACAAAACAAAUUCAUCUAAAACUUCUGGGCAACCCAGUUGACUUUUAAAUGUAAGAAUGGUAUUCCAAACACUUAACACAUGCAGCUAUAUGACAGAAAGUAAAUCUAUGGAUAUGGUAUUUUGUGAAUGAUCUUUUAAAUAAAAGAAAACCUUACAUAAUA